CUGAGUUUUUUCGUAGAAUGAAAAAAUAAUAUUAAAUGGUGACAAGACAACAUAACCCUCUAACCAUAUACUAGUACAGUAGUAUUAUAUCAAGAAGUUGGAAGGUUAAGUUGGACUUUUCCGUAUUUAGAAAGAAUUAGUUAAGCUUUGUAAAUCACUAGUUACAGUGACGACUUAUUUAGAUUGGAAUAAUACGCAACGUAUUGUUAAACCCUAGCCCCCUUUCUCCAAAAACCCUAAUUUCCGCAAACCAGAGGCGAAAGCACAGCAAUGGGUGGUUCGCGGCGGAAGUACAAGCGAUCAAGGGCGAAAGUACAAGUGGGACUGCCGAAGAAAAACCCCCACAUAUUCAAGCCGGCGUUCAAUCUCCCACCGAAAUUGAAAGCUCUGCUCGACCCCCUCUCGAAGUGGGAUGAGAAGGGCAGCGUCAUCGAGAAUUACAAGUCGUUCGGCGUCGUUUCCAAUCCCAAUUACCUCGGCGUGCGGUCGCGGACGCCUCACAUCGUCGAGAGUGAUGAUCUCCAGAUGCCUCCCGACAGCGACAUAGCCGUGUCGGAGUUCGACCCUAUCGACAGCGGCAGCGACCUCGAAGAAGAUGAUUUGAAGUCGGCAUUGGGAAAGAAGCGGACUGAUGGCAAGCAGCCUUCCCUUCAACCGCUUACAGCCACACAACGGCUACAUGUCAGUCGCCUGGUAGAGAAAUAUGGUGAUGACUAUCAGAGCAUGUUCAUGGAUAUCAAACUAAACAAGAUGCAACACUCGGUAGCAACACUCGAGAAGCUAUGCAAACGGUAUCAUAUAUACAAAGAUAAAAACCCGUUGCUCGUGGGCACAAAGUGAUCCAAACAACAUAGCUCGUUGCUGGCUUCAGACCUGUCUCUCUUAGUUUAUUUUGGAGGUGUUAAAAAAUCAUAUGAUGUAUUUAUUUCACUUCGGGAAAUGCAUUAAUUUGAAUGAACAAUACAACUACCGAAGUUUUUCAAUACAAACAUGUUUCUUGACUA